AUGGUUUGGUCUUAUUUCGAUUCAUUAUUAAUAGCUGUCAUUUCAAUUUUUUUGAUAGCUGCCCCAUAUACAAAAGUGGAAGAAAGUUUCUCUAUUCAAGCAAUUCAUGAUAUAUUGAAAUACGGCAUAUUUGAUAUCUCCAAAUAUGAUCAUUUACAAUUCUCUGGUGCGGUACCAAGAUCCUUUAUCGGUCCUUUAAUAAUCGCAGCAUUAACAAAACCUUUCACAUUUGUUUCACGUCUUUAUAAUAAUCAUUACUCUAGUAGUGAAAUAGCAGUAACUUCCAAUCUUGAAACCCAAUUAUUAGUUAGAUGUAUGGUUGGUUUAACUAAUGCCUUAUCAAUGAUUUAUUUGAAAAAUUCAGUAAAAUCACUGUUUGAAAAAAAAUUUGAAAAGGAAGAAAAUGAGAAGGAAAAUGGAACAACAAGAACUUCAAAUUCUAGUUUCUAUACAACAAUUGAUACGUGGUUUAAUCUUUUCGUCUUAUCAAGUUUCCAUCUUAUGUUUUAUGCUUCAAGAACUUUACCAAAUCUCGUUAUCACUUUACCAUUAACCAAUAUUGCUUUAGCAUGGGUUCUUUCGGAUAAUUAUAAUCAUGCCAUUGCAUUAUUAGCAUUCACUUCAAUCAUAUUUAGAUUAGAAGUAGCUGCACUAGGUGUUAGUUUAACAUGUUUAUCAUUAUACUUUAAGAAAAUCUCAUUUUAUGAUGCAUUCAAAUUCGGUGUUUCAGGUUUAACGAUCGGUGGGCUGUUAACUCUUUUAAUUGACUCAUACUUCUGGAAAGCUUGGACCAUUCCAGAAUUUGAUGCUUUCAUUUUCAAUGUCAUAGAAGGUUCUGCAUCUAAAUGGGGUACUGAAUCACCAUUAGCUUAUUUCACUCAUUAUUUAAGAAUGAUGUUUAUUCCACCAACUGUUUUAUUUUUAAAUUAUUUCGGUUUCAAGAUGGCUCCUAAAAAUUUAAAAAUUAUGUCAAUGGCAGCUUAUUGUCACAUCUUAAUAUUGUCUUUACAACCUCAUAAAGAGUGGAGAUUCAUCAUAUAUUCAAUCCCACCAAUCAUCUUAUUAGGCAGUACUGCGGCAGCUUAUCUUUGGGAAAAUUUUGAAGUUAUUAGUGUUAAAUCUUACCUACUAAUGCUGUUAUUACCAUUAUCGCCAGUGAUUUCAUUCUUGUUCUCAAUGGUUUUCCUUUAUGUUUCAAGAUUAAAUUAUCCAGGUGGUGAAGCUUUAACAAAUUUCAAUUCUAUGAUAGUCAAAGACAAUAUUAAGAAUGUUACUGUUCAUAUCAGUAUUCCACCAUGUAUGACAGGUGUAACAUUAUUUGGUCAAUUAGAGGAAGAGACUUACCACAUUAAUUACGAUAGAACUGAAGAUUAUGAGACUUUGAAAUCCAAAUGGCCUCAUUUUGACUAUUUAAUUACCAAUGAACCAGCUCCUGAAUAUUUACCAUCAUUUAAUGAUCAGGAUAACAGCAGUGAAACUUGGGAGAUAGUUCAAACUACACAAAUGUUUUCUGGUAUUAACAUCGAUUAUAUUCAAGAACUGUUAUUCAAAGAAGAUCAAAAUGCAUUAAGUUUCAUCACAAAUAUUUUGUUACAUGAAUCUAUAUUAGAGUUCACACAAGAUGUUAUGAAGAACGUGUUUAAGACCGAUGAUGUCUUCUUCACAUACAAAAGAAUUAAAUCUAGCGAGGGAACGAAUUCGGAACAUGUUGGUGACAUCCAUAUCACCAAUUAA